AGGAAAUAAAGAAAUAAAGAAAGGAAGAAAGAAAGAUGAGGAAGAAGAAUACUACAUGUAUGUUAGAAGGAAGUGUCAUAGUAGAACUAGUGCUAGUGCUAGUCAUGGAUGACCUUCACGGGUGAUCAUUUCACCUAUUUUUUCUAUUUUCAGUCAGAGAGAGAGAGAGAGUAAAAGCAAAAGCCAUGAAAUGAAAUCAUACUACUGAAACCAAGGUGGAAGAAGAAGCAGGAGAGAGAGGAGUGCGUUCCAAGACACAAUCAUUACGUCGUUUUGGGAAGCAGGAAGGAGGCGUGGAAUUAGCAAGCUUAGAACGUGGGCUUGACCGAGGUAGACUUUUAUCAUCAGGCCCGGUCGGCUCUCUCUCUCUCUUCUGUUGCUGGUGCUGUUGCUGCCCCCCUCUUCCUAUACUGCAUCAAAGUAAUAAUAUACUUUCGAGCAAAGAAGAAAAGAGGAGAAGGAAAAAAGAAAAGAAAGAAAGAAGCCAAUAUUAUAUACAAAGAAGAAAGAUAUAAAGUAUGCCGUAGGAAGAAAGGAAAGGCAAGCAAAACUCGUACAGUACAUCAAUAGCCCCACCCCCAAAAGACCCGAGAGAGAGAGAGAGAGAGGGGGAUAAAAAGAGAAACAUAGGCAGGGCAGCAGAAAGAAGAGAAGUCUAAGGUCUAAUGCCUUUUAACAAUAGCAGAGAAAAGAGUCUCAUCUGAUACAAGCCUCUGUCUCUCUUUAAAGAGAGAGCUUUUCAAAUAGAGAGAGAAGAAAGAGAGAUGUGCGGAAAGAAGGUGGAAAAUCAAGAAGAAACCUCCCAAAGGAUGCAUGACUACCAAACAUAUCAAGAUCAGAUGCUUCACUCCCACCAAUACACCGAUGGUUUUCCUCCAUCUGCUGGUCUUCUUCUCCCCGAAAAUUCCCACCUUCUUCCUUGGUCCAUCCCUCCGGUCCAUAACCUCAAUGCCCUCAACCCGGUUCAGUUCAGCUCGAACCCGGUUCGAGACCUAGACCACUUCCUCCCUUCUCCUUCUUCAUCUUCAUACAGUGGCUUAUUCAGUCGCCGUGCCUCCGCCCUUCAGUUUGGCUAUGACGGAUCUUCUUCCGACCCUCUUGCGCUUGCAAGUCUUUACGGUACGGACACCUUGAUGGGUACAGUUGGCGGCCGGGCCGGCUCCGGUCCUUUCAGCCUCCAGGCCGAAUUAGGUAAGAUGACGGCUCAGGAGAUUAUGGAUGCCAAGGCGCUUGCAGCGUCGAAAAGCCACAGCGAGGCAGAGAGGCGGCGACGGGAAAGAAUCAAUAAGCAUCUUGCUAGAUUGCGCAGCCUGCUUCCGAGCACCACCAAAACCGACAAAGCUUCAUUGCUCGCGGAGGUGAUUCAACAUGUCAAAGAACUCAAACGUCAGACGUCUGAGAUCGCCGAGGCCAGCCCGGUCCCAACUGAGGUUGAUGAGCUCACCGUUGAAUCGUCAGAUGAGGAUGGAAAUUUCGUAAUCAAAGCUUCCCUUUGCUGUGAUGAUCGUUCAGAUCUCUUACCUGAUCUAAUCAAAACACUUAAAGCACUCCGCCUCCGUACACUCAAGGCUGAGAUAACCACACUUGGUGGCCGUGUAAGAAACGUUUUGCUCAUCACUGGGGAAGAAGAAGCAAAGAAUAGCGAUCAGCAGCAUUGCAUCAAUUCAAUUCAAGAUGCCUUGAAAGCUGUCAUGGAGAGGACUGCAGCAGAUGAUUCUUCUUCAGGCAGUUUAAAGAGACAGCGAACCAAUAUCAGUAUACUCGAACACAGGUCUAUCUAACCAACUUCAAUGAGUUCGUCUAGCCUAUGUUGCGACUCAACUUCACUGAGCAUGCCUCCCCAUGUGGGGCACACAUGCAGCGAUGGAUCGAUGAUUGGAAUGUCCUUUUGGGUGCUUCUGUGAAUGGACCACAGUCCAAAACUCAAACUGAAUGGAUAAAUCUGAUCAUUGAAAAGAUAUUUAUUUUUAUUUUAAAAUUUCACAGUUAAAGUUAAGGAAUCAAUGAUCAAGAUCCUCAUUUCAGCAUGAUUAUUGGAUAGUGUUACUCUUACAGUAUCACCCCAGAAGAUGGAGGGUUCUGAUUAUCUGACCGUCUGUUAACGUGUGCCCUACAUGAUGGUGAGGCUGAGUCUGGACGUAGGCAAAAUGAACUCUCAACUUAUUUUGUUUUUCUUUUCUUUUGGGUGGUGUGGCUUAUAUACUGUUUUGUGGGUCUAUGUACUUCCAUGCAAGUGAAAAAAAAAAAAAAAAAAGAAGCAAAAAAUGGAAGAGAGAGAGAGAGAGUGUGUGUGGGGAUAGAAAAGAAAAGAUAGGUGUUUGUGUUUGGUUGUAGAGGGAAUGCUUGAGUUUCAAGUUGUUUGAACAACUACCGUGACAAUGGGAGGAUCUUUUUCGUGAGAAGAGGCCUUAAAUGAAACCCUAGUAUGGAUUCUGGAGAAUGGAGUUGACUGGUUUCUUGUUUUUGUUUUCUAC